AUGAAGGUCACCGCUGCUGUCGCUGCCGUUGCAGCUUUCGCCUCCACUGCCUCCGCUGGUGUCGCCACCUGGUCUGACUGGAGCUCCUCGACCACCACGACCACCACAUCCGCCAAAGCCGCCAAGUCAACCACCACCUCCGGCUCCUGGGCUGACUGGACCACCAGCACCAGCGCUGCUGCCAAGACCACCACCACCGUCAAGAGCGCUGUUGAGUCGAGCACUGUCACCUGGGGUGACUGGACCUCCAGCGCCCCGGUCAGCUACACGACCACCGUUGUGAGUGCUAUUACGACCUACGUUCCCGGCAAAACGUCGUUCGCCCACGCUGGCAAGACCUAUGAGAUCUCAUCAGCCACGACAUUGACCAUCACUGAUUGCCCAUGCACCAUUUCCGUCCCCGUCUACACCAAGACCUCCACAUCUUGCAGGUAUUUGAACCAAGCUGACUGUUUUGCCUUUCCGCAGACUGAUUCUUCCAGCACCUCCGAGGCGGCCGUAACCUGGUCUGACUGGACUUCCUCUACCGCCGUGGUCGCCACCUCUUACACUCCAGUUGCUGCUGCUGAGAGCUCCAGCACUGCCUGGUCCAGCUACGCCCCAUCCAGCACCGUUGCCGCUGUCGCCACCUACACUGGUGCUGCCAACGCUCUCGUUGCCAACGUGGGCGCUGGUCUUGCUGGUGUUGGUGCCAUCGCUGCUUUCCUCCUGUAA